AUGGAUACCCAAACAACCGUCUUGGCGUCGCGCCAGUCCGGCCGGAGCUCCGAGAGCAGCUCUCUGGACGCUGUUGAGAAGCAGAAGCUCGCCAACAAGGAGCUUCCCCAAACUCGCCCUGAUCUGCACAAUUCGGCGUCUCCCAAGCGAUGGAAGACCUUCUGGAAGGCCUUCCGGUAUCUGAACAACCUCACCCCCAAGCAGGUCGAUGACUUCAUGGCAUCCUACGUCAUCUACAAUCUCGACUGGUCUGACGAGAAAGCGAUGAUUGAGACGCUAGGUCCGGACUAUCAGGCAAAGGUUGGCGACUGCCUUAAGGCGUACUAUGGGGUGCUCAACCACUUGUGCGCGCUGGGCGACGUGGAGAAGAUGUACAUUCCCCCAUUCAUGAGCAAGAAGGCGACCGUGCUGGAGAACCAGUUGUUGUACGAGGAAUCGAUUGCGCAGGAUAUCGGCCUAAGCGCCGGUGAUCACGUGUUGGACCUGGGUUGCGGUCGCGGAAGAGUGGCCGCUCACAUGACGCAAUACUCCGGCGCGAAGGUCACGGGACUUAACAUCGAUCCCAAUCAGAUUGGCCAGGCGAAGACUUACAACGAGAAGCUCGGCUUCACCAACAACUCCUUCGUCGUCCAGGAUUUCAACAGUCUUCCCCUGCCCUUUGAGGAUGCUAGCUUCGACGCCUUCUACCAGAUCCAAGCGCUCAGUCUGUGCAAAGACCUUCCCUCCCUCUUCCGCGAAAUCUACCGCGUCGUCAAACCCGGCGCCAAGAUCUCCCUCCUGGAUUGGGUUAGCCUGCCCGACUAUGAUCCGAGCAACCCCGAGCAUGCCGAACUCAUGCGUCGCGUAAAGCCUCUGAUCGGUGCUGUUGGCACUCCCACCCCCGAAAGUCUCGAGAAAGCCCUUACCGAUGCCGGCUUCUCCGUCGUCCGCUCCGAUAAUGCCAGUGUUGGAGGUCUGCAGGCGCCCCUCAUCGACAAGGUUGACUUUUACUUCCGCUCCAUGCGCCAGGUCAUUCUGGGCCUGGUAAAGACCCACGUGUUGCCCCGCCACUUUAAGACCCUGAUCAACCGCUUGUGUCUCGAUGGCGAGGCUUUCAUUAAGAUGGAUACCAUGCGACUUGUGACGACCAGUUAUCGCAUCAUCGCCCAGAAGCCUCCUCAAUAA